AUGUCCCACCCACCAACCAUCUCAUCGGCGGCGAACACCCCAACAGCGUUACUGCUGAUUGACAUCCAAGUCGGGCUGAAUACUUCUAAUGGAUACUUCGGAUCUGAGCGAUCGACACCAAGUUUCGAGAACAACGUUCAAUCGUUGCUCUCAGCAGCUCGCCAGUACAACGAUAAACCAAGUACCACGUUGCCGAUCACAAUCAUCCAUGUUUUCCACAAGUCCGUGAAUGCCGACUCGCCGCUAUUUCCACACUCGAGCGAUCACCCUGGUGGAAUCGACUUUCAACCAUGUGCUCAACCAGUCGAAUCGUCUGAAUACGAAACUGUCUUCUCCAAGUCAACCAAUUCAGCAUUCAUCAAUACACCUCUGGAAACACACCUCCGGUCCAAAGCGAUUGGGCAACUGAUUUUGGCAGGAAUUGCAUCGGAUCACUGCGUGAGUACUUCUACUCGCGCAGCAGCGGACCUUGCAGUGGUUGAACGAAGGAACAUCUUCAUCGUGUCGGAUGCAACAGCCGCAUUCAACAAGGGCGGAUUCGAUGCUGAGACAGUGCAUCGAGUCAGCUUGGCAAGUUUGGAUAAGGAAUUUGCAAAUGUAGUCAGUACAAAUGAGGUCCUGACGGGGCUGGCUUUGGCAAAUUGA